AUGUCAACAGCACAAGGAUCUUCAAACAAGCUUGAUGACAAACGUUUAUAUAUCGGCAACCUAGAUUCUGCUAUCGAUGAAUAUACCGUAGUAAAGCUAUUCGAACCUUAUGGAAAAAUAACGCAUCUCGAUUAUCUUUUUCACAAGAGCGGACCCAAACGUGGUCAACCAAGAGGCUACUGCUUUUUAGAAUUUAGUAAGAAGGAGGAAGCAUUGAAAGCAAUGACAGCAAUGCACUCUAAAGUAAUUAAGAAUCGCUCCAUGAUAGUUACAUUUGCAUAUGCGGCAUCAGAAAAUUGUGAUAGUAAAAGCAUAGGCGGUUUAAAGAAAAGGUCAUCUACAGCUGCGAGUAAUAGACCGACAACUAUUUCAUUGCUAAAGUCACAUCAAAUGGUUAAUGUUAGCACGGACGCAAAAAUACAAGCAUUGGAACGAAAAUUAGCACAAAUGAAGCAAG